AAGUACAUUAAACUUAUAGCCCUCAAAUUCUCUGAAAUCUGUACAACGAAGGUAUCCCCUUGCCAUUUCAGUUUCUUCCCCGAUUUUGCCCUAACUCCAUAAUGGCCCCCUCGAUUUCUCCGUCCUUGACGUGAUGAAAACCCACCCACGAUCUCUUCUUCAUCCCUCACCCAUCACUCUACAAUUCCUCCAUUGUUAACCUAACCUCCACAGUCGAGCUAGCUGUUUUCCAAGCAGAGUUGCUAAUUUUUGUAGGUAUAUACGAUGGCAAAAGGGAAGCUUAUUUUAAUUUGUCAGUCUGGUGGUGAGUUUGUGACCAAUGAUGAUGGAACCAUGUCAUACAAUGGAGGAGAAGCAAAUGCAGCAAAUGUCACAAGUGAGACUCCAUUUAAUGAUCUAAAGUUACAGUUGGCUGAGGUGUGUAAUCUGGACCAGAAGACAGUUACCCUCAAAUAUUUCCUCCCGGGAAAUAAGAAAAACCUGAUUGUUGUAAAGAACGACAAGGAUGUAAAAAGAAUGAUUGAUUUUCAUGGGGAUGCCAUCACAGCAGAAGUCUUUGUAAUGGGAACAGCAGGUUUUGAUCGUAGUACCCUAGAGAUGCAAUCCAACAGGGAAAGUGCUAUCCAGAAAGACGAGAUGAACCAUGAUAAUUUGCAUAACAAGAAAGAUGCGUCUGCAAAACGUGGUAAGGUGCGUACCAAGAAAGAUGAGAAGGUGCCAAUAAGUCCUCCAGGUAAGAGGACACGCCGUGCCACUGCUGCUGAGACUGAAAUGCAGUCUGAUGAAGAUCAAGAGGGUGGCAAUGGCAAAUCAGAUGAUGCCAUGUCAGAGGGCACUACCGACGGAACUUCUUCAAGUGCUGCUUCUGACCAUGGCAAUGAGAAGGCAGAUUCUGAUUCUGGUUCAGACUAUGCACCUAGGACUAGGAGCUCUGCACACUCUAGCAAACGCAAUAGUCAGAGUGAAAUUGAUGUUGAUGCUAGCCCUGCAGACACUGUGAAGAAGCGGAGGCGCACCCCUUCUUGGAGGUUUGGUGCCAAUGGCCGUCCCACAAUCGUUUCCUUUCCUGAUAAUAAUUAUGCGAGGUCGAAAUCUCGGGGAAAGAGUGGGAAAGCUAUUGCUGAGACUUCUGGAGAUAGAAGAUCACAGAGAAAGAGUUCUAGGGAAACAAGUUCAGGGAGAAAGAGAGCCCGGAGAAGUAUUGUGCCAGAAGCUGGCGACAGUGAUCAAGAACUUGAUAACCUUCCAGGGAAAGAAAGUGAUUCUGAAGAAAACUUACCUCUCACUGUUUGUGACGAUUACGCGUUGCCUGAAACUAUGGUUGAUGCAUGGAAGUCGGCUAUCACUGGUGCUGGUCAGGAAUUUGACAGCGUGAAUCAAUUUCGUGCUGCCUUGAAGAAGUAUGCCAUAGCGAAUCGCUUUGGGUACAGGUUCAAGAAAAACGAUACAAGUCGCGCCAUUGGGGGAUGUGCUGCUGAAGGGUGUACUUGGAGGUUCUAUGCUGUGUGGGUCCCAACUACUCAAUCAUUUAUGAUAAAAACACUGAACAAUGUGCAUACAUGCGACAAAGAAUCCAGGAAAUCAGCUCACCCAGCGAAGAAUUGGUUGGUAGGUACCAUAAAAGAUAGGUUGCGAGAAUCACCAUAUCUGAAACCAAAGGAGAUUGCUAAUGGAAUUUUGCAGGAUUUUGGAGUUGCAUUAAAUUAUACACAAGUAUGGCGUGGAAUUGGGGAUGCUAGGGAACAACUUCAUGGAUCACCCAAAGAGUCGUAUAAUAAGUUACCAUGGUUUUGUGAGAAGCUUGUGGAGACAAAUCCGGGUAGUAUCUGUAAGCUCGUUAUUGGUGACAAGAAAAGAUUUAAAUCCCUUUUCGUGUCCUUUUAUGCAGCAAUAAGUGGAUUCCAGAAUGGUUGUCGCCCACUUAUUUUCUUGGAAGCUACUUCUAUGAAGUCUAGAUAUGGAGAAGUUCUUUUGAUCGCUAUUGCCAUAGAUGGAAAUGAAGGUUUUAUCCCAGUUGCAUUUGCUAUAGUAGAUGUUGAGGAUGAUAACAGUUGGUGCUGGUUUUUGGAACUUCUAAAAACUUCAAUCUUGAAAUCACAGCCUAUCACUUUUGUCGUCGAUAGAGACACGAACUUGAAGAAUUACGUACUUGCAGUUUUUGAGGAUGCCUAUAUUGGUUACUCCAUUUACCAUCUUUUGGCGAGCUUCAAGAGAAACAUGAAGGGUCCAUUCCAUGGAGACGGUAAAGCUUUCUUAACGGUUCAUUUUUUAGCAGCAGCUCAUGCAGUCCGUCUUGUUGGUUUUAAAAAGUCAACAGAACAAAUUAAGGUGAUAUCUUCACAAGCUUAUGAUUGGAUCAUGCAAAUUGAACCUGAACAUUGGGCGUCUUCAUCUUUUAAGGGCGAGCGUUAUAACUACAUCACUGAAGAUGUUUUUGAAUCAUAUUCUAAGUUAAUGGAGGACUACCGGCACUUACCCAUAUUACAAAAGGUAGAUGCUUUAAUACGUACGAUGAUUGAUGACAUGGAAGACGCUAAACUGGAUUCAACUAUGUGGUGUACCCAACUUACUGCGUUGAAGGAGAAAGAAUUGGAAGACGAAAAACUCAAAUCACGUGGACUGAAAGUCCUUAUCUCUUCAGAUACUCUGUUUGAAGUUCGUGAAGAUUCCACCCAUGUUGUGAAUCUUAGCAUUUGGAGUUGUACAUGCAUGGGUUGGAAGGAAACUGGUCUGCCAUGCCGCCACGCUCUUGCUGUUUUUUCAUUAACAGGUAAAAAUCCGUAUGAUUUUUGUUCCAGUUACUUCACAGCUGAUGCCUAUCGGUUAACCUAUGCUGAGUCCAUCCGCCCAACACCCAUUGAUGGGCCACCUUUGCAACAAAAUACGAUUCAUUUGGAGAAGGAAGAAGCUGAAGCACUUUAUGUUGAGAACGCAGAGGGUGAAAAGGAAGGAGGUGGUAAGGGAGACUAUGAAUUGGAAGAUGCUAUCAAGGAAACAGAGGGGAAAAUAGAGAAAGGACAUGGUUCUAUAGAGGACUCUGAAAUGGAGGAGACUAACAAGGAAGAGGGUGAAAAGAUGGAGGUUCAGAUGUAUGAGGGUUUCAAGGAAGGGAAUGAGGAAGGCGAGGGUAGUAAUGUAGAUGCAGAGAACGAAGAGGGUAGCAAGGUGAAUUCUGAGAAAGACGAGGGUAGUAAUGUAGAAGCCCAAAAAGAAGAGGGUGGCAAAUUGAAUGCUGAGAAAGAUGAGGGCAGUGAUGUAGAUGCCCAAAAAGAAGAGGGUGGCAAGUUGGAUGCUGAGAAAGAUGAGGGCAGUAAUGUGGAUGCCCAAAAAGAAGAGGGUGGCAAGUUGGAUACCGAGAAAGAUGAGGGUAGUAACGUAGAUGCCCAAAUAGAAGAGGGUGGCAAGUUGAAUGCCGAGAAAGACGAGGUUAGUAAUGUAGAUGUCCAAAAAGAUGAGGGUAGCAAGUUGAAUGCCGAGAAAGACGAGGGUAGUAAUCUAGAUGCUGAAAAAGAAGCGGAUAGCAAGAUUGAUGAGGAAAAAGAAGAGGAUAGCAAGUUGGAUGAGCAAGAAGAAGAGGGUAGAAAGUUGGAUGUUGAAAAAGACGAGGGUAGCAAGUUGGAUGUGGAAAAAGAAGAGGGUAAAAAGGUGAAUGCCGGAAAAGACGAGGGUAAGAUGGUAAAAAUUAGAGAAGAACAUGAGGAUCCAAAUGUGUUUGUGCUUCCUCCUCUUGUUGCAAGACCAUCUUCAUCCAUAGUGAAGAAAGAAAUGGAUAUUGGUGUUGAAACAGAGGGAGACAUGAAAAGAAAAGUGACUUGUAGCAAGUGCAAGAAAGUUGGGCACUAUAAGAAGUCUUGCAGGACCAAAUUUUAGGUACUUCAGUCUCUUCUCUUGUAUAUAUCUCUUAUUCUUAUUAUUUACAUCUUUAUGCAGGCUUUGUAGUGUAACUUGGAUCUUGUUCUUUGUUUGGACAAACAUUUGAUGAGAUUUGUAGGCUUGUAGUAUUCUAAGUGUUAGGGUUUACUUUUUUAUGUUCGUUUAUGAUUUUGUACAUCGUACCCGAGUGAUAAUAAGCAUGCGGGAAAUGUUAGGCGCUUUGUUUUCGAAUAAUCAAUGUUCUUGUGAAAAUGUUGGAAACCU